UGGGCAAAAAUUAAGCACAAGAAGGGUGCCAACGAUGUCAAGAAGGGGUCAUUGUACUCGAAGGCCUCCAGGGUAUGUGAUCCUCAGUACGACAUCAUCGUGGCCGUAAGACAGGGAGGAGGCGCGGACCCUGAGCUCAAUAGCGCAUUGGCAGCAGUCAUUAAGAGAUGCAAGACGCAGGGAGUCCCAAAGGAUAACAUUGAGGCUUCUCUCAAAAAAGUGAGUCUAGGCUCUGAGUCCAACGCGCAGGCCAUCACAUAUGAAGGGGUAUCGGGACAGAUUGGUCUUAUAAUAGAAUGUGUUUCGGACAACCCCAGUCGAACAGCAACUAAGACGCGUGAGCUCUUGAACAAAGGCGGUGCUCGCCUUACCCCAGUUGCUUUUAUGUUCAGUAGACACGGCUCCGUGCGGGUAGCCAUUGCGGAAGGAGAAGAUUUCGACGCAAGACUUGAGCGGCUUGUCGAGGCAGCAUUCGAGGCGGAUGCGGAAGAUUUUGAGCAAAAUGAGCCUUCAGAAGGCGUUGUCGGGAUCGAUUUCAAAUGUCCUCCAACCUCUCUUACCAAGCUGACGUCUGCCGUGACAGCUCCUGGGCUGUGUGAGGAACUGCUGGCCAGUGAGCUUGUCUAUUCGCCCAUAGAUCCUGCCGAACCUCCAGACGAGCAGGCUGUCACGAAGAUUGAGUCGCUUGUUGAAACACUCGAAGAAAACGACGAUGUGGUCCGCGUCUGGACUACGCUCAACUAG